UAUAUACCUGGAAUCUGGAUAAUAUCAUCAAUUGCCAUUAUUAUCUUCUACAUUAUUAAUUUUACUCUGGAAUUAAUAUACUGGAUAUCUCUUUGUUCGUGUAAAGUAACAUAGCCUUCUUAUCAAAAAAAAAGAAAAUGAAGAACCCGGUGAAAUUUAUGCUUGUGAUUGCCGUGAUUUGUCUGCUGGUGACGUCCGCCGUUGCUCCUCCAUCAGGCGGCGGCGGUGGAUCAUCAUCAUCUGGAGGAGGAGCUGGAGGAAGGGGCGGCGGCGGGGCAUCAUCAGGAGGAAAGGGUGGUGGCAGCAGUACUGGGGGAGGUAGCUCAUCCACCGGAGGAAAGGGCGGAGGUGGUAGCGGCUCGACACCCAAGGGUGGCGGCACUGGAUCCAACGGAGGCAUCAAAGGAAGGCCCGGUGGAGGUGGCGGUGGAGAUGACGGCGGCGGCGAUAGCAGUAGUACUCCUGGUGGGAAUAUGGGUGCCGGCGGCGUUGGAACCAUCCCGAGGACACCAGCUGGUACCGGACGUCCUACAAACGGCGGCAACAGCUUCAGGGGAUUAUAUACGUCGCCGGAAAAUGCAUGGCCGGCCGCUUUUUCCCUCUUGGCCUUCUUCAUGUUCUAUUAAGUACUAGUACUUCAUUCUUCAUUAUUCUAAUACACGGUUGACGAUUCAUUUCUGUACAUACUUUUUUACUUGUACCAAAUAAAAGAAGUGAUUGUAGAAGUCUUCCACAUAUUUUAGAUUUUAGACAUAGCUUGCAUCAUCUUAGGAUCACUCUAUGUAAUAUUUCUUCUGUCCUAAAACUCUAUAUUUUAUAUUUUACUAAAUAUGAAUUACUUUUUGGGGUU